AUGCAGAACGAACCAAUGUUUCAGGUCCAAGUGGACGAGUCUGAAGAUAGUGAAUGGAACGAUAUCUUAAGAGCUAAAGGCGUAAUACCAGAACGUGCACCCUCACCCACCGCAAAAUUAGAAGAAGCAUUAGAAGAGGCAAUCGCAAAGCAGCAUGAAAAUAGAUUAGAAGAUAAAGACCUUUCAGAUUUGGAAGAACUAGAAGAUGAUGAAGACGAGGAUUUUUUAGAAGCUUAUAAGAUGAAAAGAUUAAACGAAAUUCGCAAACUACAAGAACGUUCCAAAUUUGGAGAAGUUUAUCACAUUAAUAAGCCUGAAUACAACAAAGAAGUUACUUUAGAGAGCCAGGGGAAGAAAAAUGAAGGUUCACAAGUUGAUGACAAUGGCGAGGAGGAUGACAGCGCUGUCUACGUAUUCGUUCAUCUGUCACUGCAAAGUAAAUUACAAAGCAGAAUUCUUUCUCACCUUUUCCAAUCGGCAGCAUCCAAGUUUAAAGAGAUUAAGUUUGUAGAAAUACCUGCCAAUAGAGCAAUUGAAAAUUACCCAGAAUCCAAUUGCCCGACAUUAAUCGUAUAUUAUAGAGGCGAAGUAAUUAAAAACAUGAUAACGUUACUAGAGCUGGGUGGUAAUAAUUCAAAAAUGAAGGAUUUUGAAGAUUUUAUGGUAAAAGUUGGUGCUGUGACAGAAAGGGAUGGCAGACUGAUUAUGAACCAAGACGACGAAGAAUCAAGGGAAGAAAGGAAAUUGCAUUUCGCCAAAGCAAAAUCAAUUAGGUCGGGAAUCAGAGGAAAAUUUGAUGUCGGUGUAGGCAACGAUUAUGAUAAUAUUAAUGAUGAAGAUGAUGGAUUUUUUGACUAG